GGGACAGCUUCCUGACGGGACGAAGCCAGUCCAAGUUCCAAAACGGAUUUGGCGAGCGCAAGUGAAAAAUGUGUACGAAGAACCGGAGGCGGACUUGGACAGUCCCGCAACCCACGAUUGGAUGUUCGAAGAACACGGAAAGACGGUUAUCAAACAAAAAGCACCAGUGCAGAGGCGUACAGACAUGAUAGAAUGGAAUGCCGACGAACACUUGGAGGAACUCGAGUCACAAGUGCAAUACAGAGAUUGUCCAUGCAAAUGGCAGCCCAUAUUUGACGCAAUCUUGAAGGAAUACUGGGACGUCUUUGCCAAAGAAGGGAUGCAAAAACACAUCCUAGGCUACGAAUUCAACAUCGACACAGGCACUAUCCCCCCCGUAUGCUGCAAGCAACCGAGAUACGGGCCGCACGAAAGCCGGGUAAUGACAAACCUGGUGGAACAACUAGAGAGCAAAGGACUCAUUGAGGACGACUUCGGGCCAUGGGGAGCGCAAGUAGUCCUGGCAGCAAAACCAAACCAAGGACACGUCCACUGGUCCCAAUACAUCUUCCGAUUGUGUGUGUCAUACCGCAAACUGAAUGCAGUCACGAGACUAUUCCACUUCUACAUCCUGCGAUGUGACGAUGCAGUGGAUACAGUUGGAGAUGCAAAGUUUUUUAUUACAAUGGAUUUGGACGCAGGCUACUGGCAGAUCAAGAUGGCUGCCUCAUCAAAAGAGAAAACGGCGUUCUUUGUACCAGACGGCAAGAAGCACUUCCUAGUGAUGCCAAUGGGGAUACUAAGCGCUCACGCAUUCUUUGUCUGUGUAACCAUUCAAUUCAAGAAGGAAUGGCACGAGUUGUACAAACGAGACCCAAAAGCAGCACUACAAAAACUACUGGACAUCAUCAACAAGCACAGAGCGGCCAUCACGCUGAUCCUGGGCGAAAGCGCCGUCAAGGACAUUGAAGCAAAAGUGGCAAUUGCUCUAUUAGAAACAGACCCAAACGCAUCAGUAAUUGUCGACGACAUCAUGCUUUUCGACACCAACAUCUUAUCACUGAUCGCAUACUUUGUAGCCACACUUGAAAUCCUCCAACGAUACCGAGUGACCGUCAACCUAAGAAAAACGAGGUUCCUACCAGCACGGGCAGAAUUUGUGGGACGUGACCUACUGCCCAAUGGAAACGCCCCGGCACAAUCCAAGUACUCGACGAUCGAAAAGCUUUGCCCACCAGCAUCAUACUCGGACAUCCAGAUGAUCAACGGACUAUUUGGAUGGUACUCCCAAUGGAUACCACAUCUAGAGGAAAAGAUCCAACGAUGGAGGACCAUGGUGAUGGACAAACCAAAGCCCGGAGAAUGCACAAAAGAAGAGGAAGCAGAACAAGUGAAAGCACACUUGGAACCGCAGGACGACAAAACGCUGGACGAACUCAAGCGGAACGAUCGAAAACGCUAUGGACGCACCAAACGAAAGCUACACGGGAUAUUUCAACGUGGCAAGGCUAGGACAAAACAGAGUCCACACGGUCAACUCACAAGGACACACACAAGAACAUGA